CGUGGUUUAACGUCAACAUGGCUGAAUCCUUGAGAGCAGCCGCUGAGAGUUGAUGUGGCACUGAAGAGAGUGGCGUGACAGUACAUUUGAAUUGGAUAAAGAGUAUUUAUUUAGCAGAUUAAGAUUUUAGUUGAACAGAUUAGAUCAACAUGGAUCUCCAGAGGGUGCUCUCCUGUUCUCGGCUUUUAACAAGGCCAAAAGCUAUGCAGACUUUCAGAAGAGCUGCUUCACAAGGGAAGAUGCCGCUGGCGCGAGCGCACGGUAAGUCAUUUGGCCAUCGCAGCGAGCUGCGCCAGGCCAAAAGAAUUGUGGUCAAGCUGGGCAGUGCUGUUGUAACCCGCGGUGACGAGUGUGGACUCGCUUUGGGGCGUCUGGCCUCGAUCGUAGAACAGGUGGCAAUGCUUCAGAAUCAGGGGAGAGAAAUGAUGAUCGUGACCAGUGGCGCUGUGGCAUUUGGUAAACAAAGGCUGAGGCAUGAAAUUCUCCUCUCACAGAGUGUAAGACAAGCCCUGCAUUCUGGCCAGAAUCAGCUCAAAGACAUGUCACUGCCGGUUUUGGAGGCAAGAGCGUGUGCUGCUGCCGGACAGAGUGGGCUCAUGGCACUAUAUGAAGUAAUGUUCACUCAGUACAGCACCUGUACAGCACAGAUUCUGGUGACAAACUUGGACUUCCACGAUGACCAGAAAAGGCGGAACUUGAACAGCACUCUGCACGAACUGCUGCGGAUGAACAUCGUGCCCAUCAUCAAUACCAACGAUGCUGUGGUGCCUCCCCCAGAACCCAACAGUGACCUACAGGGGGUAAAUAUAAUCAGUAUCAAGGAUAAUGAUAGUCUUGCGGCCCGUCUUGCCGUAGAGAUGAGGGCAGAUCUUCUGAUCGCGCUCUCUGAUGUAGAAGGGCUUUAUGACAGCCCACCAGGAUCAGAUGAUGCAAAACUCCUGGACACUUUUUAUCCUGGGGACCAGCAUUCUAUAACCUAUGGCACAAAAUCCAGGGUCGGCAUUGGAGGAAUGGAAGCAAAGGUGAAAGCUGCUCUGUGGGCUCUCCAGGGUGGGACAUCUGUUGUCAUUGCAAACGGUACACACCCCAAAGUCACAGGUCACGUGAUCACAGACAUUGUUGAAGGCAAGAAAGUCGGAACAUUCUUCUCAGAGGUCAAGCCAGCAGGUCCCACAGUGGAGCAGCAGACAGAAAUGGCUCGCACUGCUGGCAGGACUCUAGCUUCCCUCGACUCAGAGCAGAGGAGUGAUAUCAUCUGUGCAUUGGCUGACCUCCUCACUGAAAGAAAAGAUGAAAUUUUAACAGCCAAUAAAAAGGACAUGGAGCUUACUGUCAGCACAGGUCGCCUGUCUCCAGCUAUGUUGAAGCGACUCAGUUUGUCGUCAUCUAAGCUGAACAGUCUGUCCAUCGGUCUGCGUCAGAUCGCAGUCUCCUCUCAGGACAGUGUGGGUAGGGUUCUGCGCAGGACUCGUGUGGCAAACAAUCUGGAGUUGGAACAGAUCACCGUGCCCAUAGGAGUACUGCUGGUCAUCUUUGAGUCACGGCCAGACUGCCUGCCCCAGGUUUCUGCUUUAUCCAUUGCCAGUGGAAAUGCUCUUUUGCUGAAAGGUGGCAAAGAGGCCGCCAACACAAAUCGCAUCCUGCAUGAGCUCGCCCAGGAGGCCCUUUCCAUCCAUGGAGUGAAAGACGCCAUCCAGCUGGUGAGCACACGUGAAGAGGUGGAGGAUCUGUGUCGUCUUGAGAAGAUGAUAGAUCUGAUCAUUCCCCGUGGAUCCUCUCAGCUGGUCAGAGAUAUUCAGCGUGCAGCUAAAGGCAUCCCUGUUCUUGGCCACAGUGAGGGCAUCUGCCAUGUCUAUGUGGACCAUGAGGCCAGCAUUGACAAAGCCAUCAAGAUCAUCCGAGACUCCAAAUGUGACUAUCCUGCAGCCUGUAAUGCCAUGGAAACCCUGUUGGUGCAUCGAGAUCUUCUCAGAACCCCUCUGUUUGACCAGAUCAUUGACAUGCUAAGAACAGAACAUGUAAAGAUCCACGCUGGCCCCAAAUUUGCAUCCUACCUGACUUUCAGUCCAUCGGAGGUGAAGUCUUUGCGGACUGAGUAUGGGGAUCUGGAGUGCUGUAUAGAGGUUGUGGACAGUAUGCAGGAAGCUGUGGAUCACAUCCAUAAAUAUGGCAGCUCCCACACUGAUGUUAUUGUUACUGAGAAUGAGGAGACAGCAGAGCAGUUCCUGCAGCAGUUGGACAGUGCCUGUGUGUUCUGGAACGCCAGCUCACGAUUUGCAGAUGGAUAUCGUUUUGGCCUUGGUGCGGAGGUUGGCAUUAGUACAGCACGUAUUCAUGCCCGUGGACCUGUGGGGCUAGAGGGGCUUCUCACUACCAAGUGGGUCCUGCGGGGUGAGGGCCACACGGCUGCAGACUUCUCUGAGCAUGGCAGUAUGACGUACCUACAUGAGAAUCUCCCAGUCGCACAGCCCCUGACUGGACGCAGAAACACUAGCUAAAGUAAUUUAUUAAAUGACCCUGCUGUAAAGAAUUCUCUUAAUGCAAAUCUCAUUUAAGUGAAGGCUCACCCACUUAAAACAGCAUUUUAAAAGAUCCCAUCAGACAGUGUGUUUGAAGUGCAAAUAUAUGAUACCUUACAUGAACUGAGAUCAAUUUGGUCCACCCAAUUACAUAAAAGAGCCUUUUAUAGCAAAUUUGAACUCCCUCAAAUCUUAUUUUCAGUCAUUUAUUUUGUUCUCGGAACAAACCAGUUCACUCAUACCUGCAUGUUAAUGUCAUACCACAAAGAUGGAAGGUGAGAACCCUAUGUUGAUUAAUACAUUAAAUAUAGGUUGGCUUAAAGAUAUAACCUAUCUUGUUUCUCUUUCAAUUUGAGGGAUGUUUUGUGCAUUGGAUUGUUUCUUUGGGUAUUGAAACAUUAAGCCAAUCAUGAAUUUCAUUGUAAAUCUAAUGACAGGGCACUAGUCAAACCAAUAUGUUUCUGACUCCUGUGAAUGCAAUGCCAAUGGUGUAUUUAUGUAAUAUGUGCAAUUUAAAAUUUCCCUGACACAGGCUGUACAAAUCAGUCCAUCAGAGCAUUAAAGAAUCAUUGUGCUAGUUUUUUUUUAUGUGCUCUGCAAAUUGCAUACACAUAGCUUUAACAAUCUAGAACAAAUAAUUUUUCUUGUAGCAAAGUGUUGCUCAUUACAUUAACCCAUUUGUGUUUUAUUAUCUGAAUGCUCAAGUCGGUACAGUAUUGGUUGCUUUAAUUUUAAAGAGAAUAAAUCUCCAAGUAGAUGUAUUCCCAUUUUCCACUGUAUUGCUUUUCAGUCUCGUUUUGCAUUAGUUUAUGCUUCUUGCUUUUUAAUCAUGAGGAAUGUGCAGUACUGUAAAUGAUUUCCUGUCAUUUGUGUAAAGUUCACCUGGGGCAGACAUGUCCUGGACUGCUGGCAUUGAUAUCUUGCAUAAAAGUUAACAGCUCUUUUUGUAAAAUAGUGACAAUUAUGCUGUAUAGUGUCCUCAGGAUGUUCACCAAUUUUGUAUGUGGAAUAAAUGUCUUCUUUUUGUUGUAA